GCCGGCGGACUGGAUAAUCAAUUUUUACCCCAUCUCUCACCACAACAUUUCUUGACGCAAUCAACUGUUGAAGAUUAGUACAAAGAAGGAAGAAGAAGAUGAAGAAGAAGAGCUUGUUUUCCCAGCCGCCCAAUUUUCCCCCAAAUCCCUAAUUUCCAAUUCCUUCCCCCAAUUUACUUCUUCCUCCUCUCUACUCCCUACUCAGUCCUCACUCGCACGACAAGAAAACAGAAAACCCCCAAAUCCCAAUUUAAAUUCCCUUCCUUCCUUCUUCAUUCGCUCCUUCUCAGUUUCUGAUUAUGGUUUCAGAAUUCUUUUUCCACUGAAUCUCUCGACCAAUAGAACCAUGUCGAUUAACCCAGAAACCCCAGAGUCGAUGACCUUGGAAAUCGCCGCUGCCCAAGUCAAGCGCUCAGCUCCUCCUCACCCGCCCUGGCGAGUCUCCGGCCCAGAUCCCGAUGAAGAAGCCGCCCAGAUCCUCCCCCACCGGACCUUCCUCAGGUUCUGCGGCUGCUCCGCCGCCUUCGUCCUCAUGGCCGACAUGCGCUUCCUAAUCCUUCUCUUCACCGCCUUCCGAAUCAAGGACCCACACAUCAUCGUCGCCGGACUCACCACCACCGGGCCUCAUGUAAAUAUUUGAGGUGACUCACCACCACGAGGGCAGAGGAAGUCUAGGAAUUAGGGUGGAGUGGAAGGUUGGGUACUUGGGUAACGGGUUGGAGUGGGUAACUGCGGGUUUUGCUGACUAUACGGGUCGGGUUUUAUUUUUUUAUAAUUUAAUUGGGUGAAUCAGUACUUCUGUUAGCCACGUCAGCAAAUAACUGAGGGUGUUAACG